AUGGCCACGUUUGUCGACGCCGUGCUGCGCCAGCCCGAGAUUCUGGCUGCCAUUUUUGGCUACCAAGCGGGCGUCUACGCUGACGUCGCGUCUCGGUUCCGCGACUUUCACUUGUAUGUGGACUUUGAGCCGACGCAGGGCAUGUACGAGGGCAUCUACUGCCUCGACCCGAAGCUCGUCCGCACCUCGUACCGGUACCCGUACGACCCAGACACGCCGCCAGAUGUGCUCACCACCGAGACGCUGUACCUGAACUUACAUAACACGCGGGACGCUCGCUUCCCGCUGCACCUUGCAAUUCUCGAAGGCGAUUUGGCCGCGACCAAGAGCAUUUUGCGCUGCCGACCCGACCUCGCGUACCAAGAAGCCAUCGAAGCAGCGAUACAGCACAAGAAGCUCGAGAUCGCGGCGUUUCUCUUACAUCAGCGGGACGCGCACCAUGUACACGGGCUGCACCGCAACUUUGAAGACGAGUUCCAGCGCCGGCCGUCGCGUCGCCUCGACGACUGGCUGCCGUCGAGCCGCUCGACGCUCUACAAGAACGACGCAUCGAUUCUGGCGCUGCUCUGGGCCCACCGGCAAUGCGACUGGGACGACAGCGACCUCGUUCAUACUGCGUUGGAGCUCAACGCACUCGAAGCUCUUGCGUUUUUGAUCGCGCAUCUGCCACGCACGGCGCUCCGUGGCCUCUUGGACGUAGUGGCCGGGAAUGGUCUCUUGUCGCUGGUCCAGCAGCUCAACACGAUGGGCCUUGCCUGCACCACCCGUGCCAUGGACGACGCUGCGGCGAACGGGCAUCUCCAUAUCGUUACCUACUUGCAGCAGCGUCGCACCGAAGGCUGUACGACCCAAGCGAUGGACGCCGCUGCCGCCAACGGUCAUCUGGACGUUCUUACCUUCUUGCACGAGGAGCGCACGGAAGGCUGCUCGACGGACGCCAUGGACCGGGCGGCCGCCAAUGGCUACCUUGGUAUCGUGACCUUCCUACACGAAAUGCGCGUGGAGGGCUGUACGACCAACGCAAUGGACGCCGCCGCUGCCAACGGCCAUCUGGAUGUUGUCACCUUCUUACACGAGAAGCGCACCGAAGGCUGCACGACGGCCGCGCUCAGUGGCGCCGCGGCGGCGGGACAUUUGGAUGUCGUCGAGUUUCUCGUGGACCACCGUGACGAGGGUGCGUCACCUGACAUUCUCGACACCGCGGCCGCCGAUGGCCGUCUCGACAUUGUCAUGUAUCUGGACACGCUCGGGCGCUUUGCGUGCACGACCGCCGCUGUCGACGACGCCGCCAAGCACGGACACGUGGAGGUCGUCGCGUACCUCUUGGCGCAUCGACGUGAAGGCGGCAGUCGAGACGGUGCCACGCAAGGCGCACUGGAGAGAGGUCACAUUGCGGUCGUCGAGCGGCUCGUUGCCGCCGGGUACCCCCUUCCGGGAACCACCGGCAGCAUCCUGCGGGCGAUUCACAAGCCAACUGCCCUCGCGCUGCUGCAGCUCUACGUUGCGCAAGGCGUUGACCUGCCCACCUCGUGGGCCCGCGAGGUGCGACAGUAUGCUACCAGCGAUGUGGCCCAGUACUACUUUCAACACGCGCCAGCAGCCGCCAAGCAUGCCGCUUCACGAACCCCAAUAUCCCGGUACAAUCAUGACUUGGACGAUAUCGAGACGGCACUGUGGAACGAAGACUUUGACGAGGUGCGCGAGCUCUGGGCGCAGCGCCCAGAGCUCCGACACGACCACUUGCUCGAUCGUCUUGUGGGCAACGACGAGUCGCCGGCCAGUGCGAUCGCAUUUCUCAUCGACGCCGGCGUCGGGCAGCCUCGACGCGUCGCGGUCGAGCACCUUCAUCGCCGGAGCUUUGACAUGAUGACUCUCCUUUUGCCCUACUGUCUGCACCCGAAGGACCAUCUAGACAACCUCGCCUUCCUUGUCGAAUGGAUGAAGCAGGCGUAUGCGUUCACCCCGUCGAUGCUCUUGGUCCUUAAAGCCGAGAUGAUCGCCCAAGCCACAGCAGCGAACUGCCGCCACCUCCACGUCGGCACUGUCAUCGAGGCGGUCACGGAAGAGCUGUUGGAGACGGGCGCAACGACCUCGUACGUCCAAUCGACGUAUCGGGGCCUGGAGCAACGGGUGCUCUUCCGGUCGGGUGUCGCCGACUGGGGUCUCGCAACGCUCGUGGUGCAUGGUCUCUCAGUCGAGGCCACCAAGGACAACACAAAGAAGCUGCAAAUGUGGGUCGGCUGGGUGACGAACACGGCGCUCAAAGCGCAUCUGCAGCGCCUCCUGAACGAAGCGAUGCCAAAUGACUUGGUCGCCGAGCUGUCGUCAAUGUACGAGUACUGCGAUUAUUAACGAUUUGUUAUCAAGACGCUGUCAUGCUGUCAG